UUUAAAACAAAAUGGCAACUUUUUCCUGAAGAUUUACAUGUAUUCAUGUUUUUGAAGAAAAGGCUGAUGUGAACAAGGUGGAAACUUAAAUCUUGAGUUGUAGGAGAGAGCCCAUUACUAGACUAUAGAAUAUUGACAAGAACUGAAAAUCCGCUGAAUAGCUCCGGGGGUGACAUCGAGUUGGUCUUACUUAAAAUGGCCUCUCGGGGAACGAGGACAAGGAAUGGCUCUACAGGUUCAGGAAAAAGUUCUGCAGGAUCAAGCCGAGGUUCUGCUGGGAGCAGCAGAGUACCUGCUGGUGGUGUGCAGCAAAAACGCCCACAACCCCGUCCUUCUGAUGUACUCAAUCCAAAGACUGUUGAUCCAUUCAAUGCCAAGGAAAAGAAUGUGACUGCUUUUGCUGCGGUCUACCGGAAUGGUGGUGUACCAUGCAGACUCAUCCAUGGUUCGGUCAAACACAAAUUAGCCUGGGAUACCGUCCCUGAACAAGUGCCUUUCGACCCAGUCCUGGUCACCCUUGCUGAGGGCCUGCGAGAAACCGUCCAUCCAUAUACUUUCGUCGCUAGAACAGGAUUCAAGGAACUUCUUGAGACACCCGACUCUGGUGUGAAAGCAAUUCCAAUAUUACCUAAACUUCAACAUCCCAUCAGACUAGCUAUGGCUCAUUCCGACCCCUCUGUGUUUGAGGGUGGACUCGAUGCUCUUGUACAGUUGAGCGAUGCUGUUGGUCCGGCUCUGAAUACCUACUUGAAAAAUCUCCUUGUAUCAAUCUCAAAGCAAAUGAUGAACAAAAAGUUUACCGAAAAGAUAUCUGAUUCCCUGCAUCGAGUCGAAGGAAAUGGUGGCAAGGAAUGCCUGCCGAUCAUUAAAUCAAAGAUUCCGACAUAUUCAAGUAUAUUUGCAUAGAAGUCAUGCAAUCCAUCAUGAUCUGCUGCUGAUUCCAGGAACUAAGACUGCUGUGACCAGUUUGACUAUUGUCCUUUAUAGUUUGGUGGCAAAGUUGUUGAUGUUUUUUUAAUGUGGUUCUCUAAUCUGGGCAGGACUCAUUGUUAGGAGAAUCUUACUAAGGAUUCAGAAUUUGAGUGACAUGUUCAAGGCUGCCUGGACUGCAACUAUAUACUCAUCUUGAAAAGACGUACUUAUGUGAUAUUUUGGUGUCAUUCUUAUUAAAGUGAAUGAUCAUGAAUUAAGGUUUAAGGCAAUGCUGUUUGACAGAGAGUUGAACGAAUCAACAAAAAUAGGUGCAUUCCACUGUACAUGUAUUGUGUGUGUAGAGUACAGACAUUGAUUAGGUAUGUCUGUAAGCAAAAGCGCCGUCUUCCUCACCAAAUAUGGCAAGUCAAACCUCUCCUGUACUUCCAAACCCCUUUCAAGGACAUAACCCAUUAAUCGGUAUGAAUUGAGCCGUACUGCGUUUAACAUGAUGACAGUGUUACAGUAAGUCAAUGGAUUUCGUGUUCAUGUUCUAACAAGAUAAUGAGUUAAUUUGUAUUGCAUUUGUGUUUGAUUUUAUAUAUUGUAAAUACCAAUGUGCUCGAUGAUAUUCUGUUUUCUGUUGGUUUCCACGUUUUGUAUGAUAGGUGUUUUUAAGACCACUCUUUGUAUAUACUCUUUUUUUUAGUAACUUCAGUGAACCCUUUCUGUAGCCUAAAGUUCCUUGUGUGUCAAGGUGAACUGACAUGUACAUGCUUGAUUGGGGUAAUGUGACAAGAUCAAUUUGAAUUGUAGUUAUAUCAUCAGUUGUAAUUCAAUUCAUACUCAAAAUCUGUCGGUUAUGACAGGUCAGUUUGCUUGUAAAUAUUUGAAUUCACAACGUCCGAUGUAGAUAACUUCGUCUCAUGCUGGCAUGUGUCUGUAAUAAAAGACAAUGAA